AUGGCGACAGCAUUCACAGGAGCUCGGCCAUCCGAUUUAUUUGGCCGUGCAGAUAGUAUGGGAGAUAUGGGUGACAUGCCAGGUAUGGAUGGUAUGGGAGAUAUGGGCGAUAUGCCAGGGAUGGAUGGCAUGGAUCAUGGAAGCCACUCCGGCGGGGGUCACGACAUGGGCGGCAUGGACAUGGGUCAUGGCCCUGGAUGCAAAUUGAGCAUGCUCGGUAAUUGGAACACGAUCGGCACUUGCAUUCUAACAUCUUCGUGGUACAAUGACACGCAUGCAAAGUUUGCCGGUACGUGCAUCGGUGUUGCCUGCUGGGUCAUUCUGACCGAGAUUGUGCGUCGUUGGUCUCGUGAGUUUGAUCGCUAUAUCAUUGCCAAGGCCACGCGCAAUAUAGUGGAAAGCCAAAGCACGCCUACGGAUCGCUGGAUCACUGAAAAAUAUAAAGAAGAUUUUGAUGCAGAGGACCACCGCGCCGAGGUGGACCGUCAAGGCCCAGGCACGUUCCCCAGCAAUGUUCUGACCUCCUUCUUUCAUCCGCCAGGGCGUCUCUCAGCCCGUGGUAUCCCGAUUCACCCGACGCUCGUGCAGCAGCUUGUGCGAGCGCUGUUCUACGCUGUCCAAUUUACGAGUGCCUACUUGCUCAUGCUCAUUUCUAUGUCAUACAAUGGCUACAUUCUUUUAUCCAUGAUGCUCGGGGCCCUGGUCGGUCAUUUUGUCUCAUCAUGGGACACCUUGGGCUAUUUGAGUCCAAGUAUACUGAAGAAGGGCGGUAAAAGUACGCAAAGCUACGCUGCGGUGGGGCCGGCAGACAACCAGGAAGACGUGUUUAUGUACAUGGCAUGA